GUUUCGCGCCUGUUGAGCAGUUAAUCCACCCCAUUCUCCAUCAUGACCAUUCCAGCUAUAGCCACACGCACUCGACUACGACCGAUGUCUGUAUGCCUUACCUCAGCUCAAGACUAUUUUAGAGCUCAAGGUUCGAAAUGGCGACCAGCCCUUGUUGUUGUUGCCUCUUUCAUCAUAGUCUUUACUUGCUGUGGGCUCAUUUUCGCCUGGGGUGUCUAUCAGGCUCUUUAUGAACGCCUCGCACGGGAACCAGGGACGCCCUUUACCGGUGCUUCCCCUGCAGAAAUUGAUCUCAUAGGCACGAUUGCUGUGUCCCUAAUGACGAUAGGGGCACCAUUCGCCGUUGCCUGGGCGAAGCGCUUCACUCCCAGCACAGUCGCGUUUGUGGGAGGACUUAUCUUCGGGCUCUCUCUCGUUCUAGCCAGCUUCGGGACUGCAUUAUGGCAUUUCGAGCUGACCCAGGGAUUUCUUAACGGAAUCGGCACCUGCUUAUCCUAUAUGGUAGCUGUCACUACCGCGCCAACAUGGUUCACUCGUCAUCGAGGUCUCGCAAUGGGAAUCAUAUUAUCCGGCACCGGCGUUGGUGGUCUCGUCUGGGCACCUGCUUUAAAUGCUUGCGUGGUCCGCCUUGGCUUUCGAAAUACUUUACGUCUGACAGGUGGCCUCUCAUUCGCACUUGUCUCGAUGGCAAGCGGUGCUAUGGCUUGGGAGCCCAGCAACAAAGCACGAAUUGAUACCGAAAACUCCGCGAGAACGAGCCGCGCCGAUGGCAUCCUCAAAGUGCCUCUUGUAGAUUGGCGUGUGGCCAAAUCACGGAAGUUUGUCGCCCAAGCACUGGGCGCCGUCUUCCAAUCAGCUGCGUAUUACACGCCGGUCUUUUUCUACGCAUCGUAUGCUCAGACCCUCGGAUACGGGACUACAGCAAGCUCCAACUUCAUCGCACUGAGCAAUGCCUGUAAUGCUAUCGGCAAGAUCAUUAUCGGUCACCUGGCAGACCGGGUCGGUCGACUGAAUGCCCUCUUCAUCACGACGCUUCUCAGUGCUAUUUCUGCUGUUGCGUUCUGGUUACCUUCCACAUGCUUAGGUGAAACAACGCAAUCACAAGGCCUUUUUAUCACUUUUACGGUUUUCUAUGGUGUUUUUGCCAGCGCUUAUGUCUCCCUCUUCCCGACGAGUCUCGUUGAGUUGUUCGGUGCCCAGAACUUCGCGUCUGUGAAUGGCGUUCUGUACAUGGUACGCGGAAUGGCUACGAUGGUCGGAACUCCUGUUGGUGGUGUAUUGGUUCGGAGUACAGCGAGCAAUUUAGGGCCUGAGACGUUUAGGAAUAUGUCACUCCUAGUCAGUGCGCUUCUGUUCGCUGCCACUGCUGCUGUUCUGUGGGUGCGACUCGAGGCCAUGGUAGGGCCCAAUGGGGGUGUAAGUUGGAAAUGGCUACAAUGAUCUACAUCUGCACAAAUUUUUUAUCCAUCCGCCGAGGAGCUUCUCUUAUUGGUAACACAUAUUAAUUCAAUCUCCUAUUUGCAUAGUUCCUAAUACGUCCUCUAGUCGAGAGUCAGGGGUUAAAAGUAAGAGUCGUUAUUUUUUUUUUCUUC